AUGUCGCAAACAAUCAAGAAUGUCAUGGCUGGAGGCCUCUUUGGCACUGAGCUCUUCGCCGUUCUCCAAAAGUCCAACGCAUUCAACCUGACCGUCCUGACACGUGAGAGCUCGAAAUCCACCUUUCCAUCGAACGUGAAGGUCUACAAGAUAGAAGACGACUACCCAGUCACCCGGCUUGUCGACGCAUUCAAGGGCCAAGACGCUCUCAUAUAUGCCCUUCCUGGACGCCCAUACACAGUGCACCUUCGAAUGAUCGACGCUGCCAUUCAAGCUGGGGUGAGUCGUUUCAUUCCUUCCGAGUAUGGCAACAACACAUGCGUUGCAGCCGCUGAUCUUGUUCCGCUGUACGCCGACAAAGUCAAGGUCAUCGCAUACUUGAAGGCGAAGGAGAGCACCGGUUUGACUUGGACGGCCAUCCACGCAGUCCUCGGCGAACUGGAGGAAGCGACUGGUAGCAAGUGGGAGGUCCGCCGAAUGACUGAAGAGGCUGCGCUCGAGAAAGCUAGGAAACUCGACAACAAGGAUCACUCUGAUGGACUGAAGCUCCUUAUUUUGAUGCUACUCUAUGCCGAUAGCACAGAUAGAGGAGCGAACUUCAAGAAGGAUGGGCUGCUAGCCAAUGAGCUGCUUGGGCUACCAGUGGAGAACUUGAGCGAUGUGAUCGCGAGAGUUGUCAAGCAGAAAGCCACUUGA